UGCAGAGCUGAGUGUCCUGAGAGGUCAGAUUGCCGUCAGACAUGGCUCAUGAACAUGGACACAGUAAAAUGGAACUUCCAGAUUGUAAACAAUGGAAGAUAGAGGGGACACCAUUAGAAACUGUCAAGAAGAAGUUGGCUGCACGAGGGCUAAGGGAUCCAUGGGGCCAUGAUGAAGCUUGGAGAUAUGUGAGUGGCUUUGCAAACAAUGGUUCCUUUAUUGGUGCAUUAUUACAAGGAUUCAAAUGGGGAUUUGCUGUAUUUGUGGGAGCUGUAGGAGCUGAAUAUUAUCUGGAGUCCCUGAAUAAAGAUAAGCAUCACUGAAGAUAAUACCUGGAAGUAUCAUAGUGGUUUCUUAGCUCUCCAAAGUAAGAUUUCUUCACUGUAGCCUACUUGUCUGGCUUAUCCCUUAAAGAAUAUUAGUAAGAUUUAAUAAAGUAAAAUAUAUGCA